AUGGUCAUUCAGACUUUGGAGGAUAUGCUUUGUAGCCGUGUUAUAGAGUUUGAGGACAGUUGGGAAAAGUAUGUGUUCUUGAUUGAGUUUGCCUAUAAUAAUAGAUACCAGUUGAGUAUUCAGAUGGCUCCAUUUGAGGCAUUAUUUGGUAAGAAAGGGAAGCUAAAUCCUAGGUUCAUCGGUCCAUAUGAGAUUCUAGAGCGUGUGGGUCUGUUAGCCUAUAAACUAGCUUUACCUUCUGAGUUGGAUAGGAUCCAUAAUGUAUUCCAUGUUUCGAUAUUGAGGAGAUAUAGGUCAGAUCCUUUUUGUGUGAUUUCUCCCGAGACGGUUGAGAUACAUAUAGAUUUAUCUUAUGAGGAAGAGCCAGUUCAUAUCUUAGCCAGAGAUGUUAAGGAUCUGAGGAAUAAGAGAAUAGUUUUGGUUAAGGUAUUGGAAUAA